AUGGAAGAGGAAUAUAAUCUGACAAUCGAAUUAUUAAAACAUGGCAGAUUAAUCAAAAAAAAUUUGAGAAAUAUGUUUCGAUUUUUCGUGGCGAUUGUAAUACUUUCCGUGCUAAUCAACGCGGAACUGCGAAGAAUUCCGUUGAACACGAUAAACUCCAUUCAAAGAUCACUUCCUAUUGAUCAUCGACAGGCUCGUUUAACUAGAAGUACUGGCGUUAUAAGGUUACCCUUGCAUUAUGAUGGAAAUGAUGCAUACUAUGGCGCUAUCACAAUUGGAACUCCACCACAAAAGUUUAAUAUACUUUUCGACAUUACUUCCUCAGAUUUCUGGAUACCAUCGAGAAUGUGCAGUUCUAAUAUUUGUUCGUUACAUAAUAGAUACGAUCACACUAAAUCCAGCACAUACAUAUCAAAUUAUAAAUCUUUUAGUUUUCUAUAUGAUAAUAAGGAUAAGCUGACGGGACAUUUAUCUACUGAUGUAAUAAAUAUUGCUGGAACUAAUAUUUCAAAUCAGACAUUCGGAGAAAUACAUAUAAUCGAAAUGAUUCGAUUCAACAAUGUGAAAUUCGAUGGUAUCUUGGGAAUAAGUUUCUUCUCAAUAUACAAGUAUUCCGAAACGUCUCUUGUUUUUACCAAUAUGGUUGAACUAGGCCUGUUAUCACGACCUGUUUUUAGUUUCUAUUUAAAUCGGCAAGUAUCUUUCCAUAUGAAUCCCUGGAAAUCCAAAUUGAAUAAUGAACUGAUAUUGGGUGGCUCCGAUAAAAGGCUUUACAAAGGCAAAUUAACGUACAUUAAUGUCAUCCGUGAAACAGUCUGGAAAUUUACUAUAGAUCAAAUUGAAAUAGAAGAUGCAGUUUUAUGCAUGGAUGGUUGUGAAGCUAUUUUCGACACGCUUACGCUCAAGCUAACUGGACCAUCAUCAGAUAUCGCAAAUAUUAAUAGACUGAUCGGAGCUACUGAUACUGAGGGAGAAUUAAUUGUGGACUGCGACAAGAUUUCUAAUUUGCCCUACAUCUACUUCUUCUUAGGUGGUAAACUAUUCGAACUCACUGGUGAAGAUUAUAUUAUUAAGCUCGAACAAAUCAAUAAGACAAAGUGUAUAAGCGCUUUUAAGAGUACGAAUACGGGCAAAGAUAUGGAAACGAUGUGGAUUUUGGGCAAUGUAUUUCUUCGUCGUUACUAUGUCGAGUUCGACAUGGAAAAUUACCGAGUGGGAAUUGCUCCUGCAAAAUAA